AUGGAACAAGUCUUGAUCGGUGGCAGCAGAUACUUACUGCUUGUGGUUGAUGAAGCCAGCGGUUGCAUGAAGGGCUGCUGUAUGCGGUUCAAGUCUGAGAGUGAAGUCUGUAUCAAGAACCACAUUAUCAAGAUUCAAACUCAGUUCGGCACGAAGAUCAAGUUUGUUCCGCACGAUGGAGCGCAUGAGUUUGCGACCAACUCGAUCAAGACCUUCUACGAAGAUCAUGGUAUCGAACAACAGAUCACGGUGCCGUAUGCACACCAGACCAACGGCACCGCAGAACGAGCGAUAAGGACCAUCGUCACGAUCGGACGCAGCUUGUUGCAUCAUGCAAAACUGGAGAAGUGUUUCUGGGCUGAAGCGGCAAUGACGGCGAUCUACAUCAAGAACCGCCUGCCUUCACCCAAGAUCGACCACAAGACUCCGUUCGAAAUCGUGUACAAGUCGAAACCAAGUGUCAACCACAUGCGCGUGUUUGGAUGUCGGGCGUUUAUCCUGACACCAAGGGAGAAGCGAUUGAAGUGGGACCCGAAGGCUCGUGAAGAGAUAUUCAUGGGCUACGAAGAAGCUUCAAAAGCUUAUCGAGUGUACGACAUUGAGGCGGGCCAAGUGGUGAUCAGUCGUGACAUCACCUUCGACGAAUCGACUUUUGACUUUUCAAUGGACCGACCAAGUGACGAUGAUGAAGAUGUGAAGUUGGACCUCGACCUCCUCGCGAUCAACGAGGACGACGUGCGUCAAACCGUCUACAAGCAGACUGGCAAGCGCAAGAGUGAAGCAAGACCCGGCAUGUCACGUUCAGCUCGCCCUCGAACUGGGUUGGAACAAGCAAGUGCGCCGGAACACGUCUCCAACCGUCACCAGAAACGACGAUCAAGUGCUCCAGAAACGAUGUCUGAUGACGAAGAAGAUGCAAGCGUCUACGAUCAAGAUGACGACUCGACGCCUCCAACAUUUUGGCGUGCAAGUGCAAACGCAGUGGAAGCAAUGGACCUAGCAGAACCUGUGACUUUUCAAGACGCGAUAAAUGGUCCUGAUCAAGCUCACUGGAGAAACGCUGUGAAGGCGGAACUCAAGUCGAUGCAUCUUCGUGGAGUUUUCCGUGCGGCAAAACUGCCAAGAGGCCAAGGCGCGAUCGGCACCAAGUGGGUGUUCAAGAUCAAGCGCAAAGCGGAUGGAUCGGUCGAGAAAUACAAGGCGCGUCUCGUUGCCAAGGGCUUCAAGCAGAAGUAUGGCAUCGACUACACAGAGACGUUCUCGCCCGUGGUCAAGUACGUGACACUGCGUAUGGUGAUCGCGAUCACCAAGUAUUUCGACUGGCCACUGGACCAACUCGAUGUGGUGACAGCCUUUCUCUACGGAGUGAUGAAGGAGAAGGUGUACUGCGUGAUACCAGAAGGCGUCGAGAUGGAUGGCGACUUCGACUGUCUCGAGUUGGUGAAGGCGAUCUACGGUCUCAAGCAAGCUUCACGUGUGUGGAACGAGACUUUCGACGAAUUCGUAUGCUCUAUCGGUUUCGAAGCGUCGGCGUUCGACCCAUGUCUCUACAUCAAUGUUGUCGACGGUCACUGUGUGCUCGUGCUGGUCUACGUGGAUGACGUGUUGGUCACCGGCAGCUUGCUCGAGUUGAUUGCGCAGACGAAGGCCGACCUCAAGACGCGUUUCGAGAUGACCGACAGUGGCAAGUGUACUUUUGUACUAGGCAUCGAACUGGUGGACGAAUCGGAUGGCAGCGUGACGAUGUGCCAGCGACGGUAUGUCAACGACAUCCUCAAGCGCUUCGGCAUGAAUGAGUGCAAGGCCACAGCAAGUCCGGUCGACUUGAGCACUCGGCUUGUCGCAAGCGAGCGAAGCGGCCAAGAUCGAUGUUCCGUUUCGUGA